GUAGGUACAUAUUAAUAAAUGGUCAGUACAAAUUUUCAUCACACCGCGAGCAGACUUGGUGCAAGACAGUCUGUUUUGAAAAAAUAAUUUUACUGUUUUUAUUUUUUUCUUUCUCGUGUUCGAAAGUGAAGUGUUUAAAGCCAUUGCAGAAUUAGUAAAAACAUCACAGAAUUAAUUUAAAAUGAAUUCACUCAUCGGACUUAACCCGAAAAAUCCCAGUUGGGAUUUGAACAAAAGUAAAUAUGAAGAAAUCGAUGAGCUUCCAUUCAUGGCUUCGCUUGGACCAGUUCUCACCAUCCUGGCGGUCUACCUAGUCUUCGUGUUGAAGAUUGGACCAGUGUUUAUGAGGAAACGAGAGGGAUACAAGCUAACAUAUACGCUUCUCAUCUACAACGCCAUCCAAGUCGCUUUUUCUGUUUAUCUGGUUUACAGGUUCUUGUUGGACCUUCUCAACAUGGGUCUGGUUCCAAAGAAGUGUUACAUGAAUGAAGAAAAUUCCAGAAACAGAAUCCUUAUGGGCACAUACCUGUAUCUAGCAGCCAAGCUAACAGAACUUUUAGAUACCGUAUUUUUCGUCCUAAGAAAGAAAAACAACCAAAUUACCUUUCUCCAUCUAUAUCAUCACACAGUCAUGGUGAUUGGCACAUGGGUUUUGCUCAAAUAUUGGCCGUCACAUACGCUUAUAUUCAUCGGAUUCCUGAAUUCACUGGUGCAUGUAUUUAUGUACACGUAUUAUGGAUUGGCUGCGUUGGGCCCAAAUGUGGCCAAAUAUUUGUGGUGGAAGAAAUACAUGACGAAGUUUCAGUUGAUCCAGUUUGUAUCAAUCAUCGUCCAAUACAUAGCAACUGUACGAGUGUCAGAGUGUCCACCAGCCAGGGGCGUCGCCAUAUUUGUGUCUUGCAACACUGGAGUCAUUCUCCUACUCUUCCUCAACUUCUACCGUCAGAACUACAAUAAAAGAAGAGGGGGAAUCGUCUGCAAUGAGUCCCUACCAUCGCUGUGCCUACCAAAAGAAGAAUAGUGCAAUAUUAAACUAAUAAGUGAUAAAAACGAUUUAUCUGUGAUGACAUUGACAUUUUUAGUUUCGAAAUUUCGAAAAGGGUUUGGGAAAUAAUUUCGUAAUUGUUUUGAAAAAUUUUAUUUCGUAAUUAUUGUUGUAAAUAGUGUAUUAUUUAUUAUCUUUUUAAUGUAAUGUACUUAUGAAAUGUAAUUGAAUAACACAUUUUUAUUUUUCGUAAACUGAAUGGAGCUAAAUUGUCGAAUAGUUCCAUAAGAUUUUUUAGGCUGUGAGGUUUUACUGAUUGAUUUUCUGUAUUUUUUUAAACUAUCAUAGUAGUUGCUUAAAUUUAAAUGAUGAAUUAUGCUAUAGCACAUAUAGUUCUCAAUAUCUAUUUGGCACAAGACAUAUUGAUUAUUUAUGAAUUCGUAUUUCAUAUUCCCGGGGUACAGAGAUCAGAAUUAUCAGCCUGUAUAUGAACCCAAACUGUAUUUACUUAAAUCUUAAAUCUAAAAUACCUUUUUGUUAUCUAAACAAAACCAUAAUGAAUACUAAUUAAAACUUAGUAGCAUUUAUUUAUAUCUUCACCGCUAUCAGCUGCAAGAUAUCCAGUGUUGGACAAAGGCCUGGCCAUAGCUGUGGACAGAACUUAUCCAAUGCUAACCCAUGAUAUUGUUGACAUGGUAUAAGCAGGCGUUUAAAUUGUGUUUUAUUCAAAAUUGUGCCUUAAAACGUUGAACUUAAAUACUGAAGUAAUUUCACUCGAUAUAGUAUUUGUAUAAAUAGAUAUAAUAUUUAAAUUAUUUGAAAUAAUAAAUCUAACGAUAACUUUUAGAGAAAUACAUGAGAGUAAGUAGACUCAAUACGUAUUUUACACAUAUUGGUAUGUUUUUAUAUGUGGGUAUCUUAUACCCACAGAUUGAAUUGUACCUUAAUAUUGUCAUGUUAUUAUGUACUACUAUAUAUCUAUGUUAAUUUACUUUCAAUACUAGUUCUGAUUAUGAUAUUUAUGAUAUGAUACUUUUAGGAUCCCAUUGUUCUUUACUAACAUUACUUAACCUGUCGUAUGCAGGAACGCAGAUCUACGCGAGACACAAUGUAUUUUCUAUUGUUGUCUUAUAUACGGCAUACGAAGGGUUAAGACAAACAAAUUAAAUUCUUACCUUCUUGAAAGUUAUUUCCAUUUAAAUAUCUAUCCAGUAAACUUGCUUAAACAAAAUCACUCUAUUUCAUCCUCCAAUUUUUUACUCAAAUAUUUGACAUGAAAAAUAAGCAACGAAUUUUGAUAUAACUGUCAUAAUUAUGUUUAUAUUAAACACCUUAUGUUUUGAAAUUUUAUGUUUAUGAAUAAAUAAUGAUCGCAUUAUUUAUUCGAAUGUUUAAAUAAACCUAUUUCAAAUACAAAAUAUUUAUUAAAAAGUUUUUUGUCACUAUUACAUGGGACUUAUAACACAAAUGGUGAAAAGUGAGUAACUUACAUGUAAUUUGCUCUUCUGUCUACCCCUUCGGGGAUAAAAGGUGUGACGUUGUAUUUUUGGCACUAUUUUGAAAAUACCUUUACCAGAAUAAUUUAAAAUGGGUUUAUUUUAUUAAUAUUAUGCAAUAUUACUUUGAUAUUUUAGAGAAAUUAUACAAGAUGGUUGUUUAAAAUUCAAUGUUUUUAUUAUUGUACUACAGCGAAAGAUAUUUUUUAGGUUUUGUAAAUUAUAAUUUGUAUGAAUAAAUGUUAGGUUGAAAUAAAUAAUAAUUUGUAUCAGGUUUUUUUAUUAUUAUAUAUCACCAUUGACAUCAUGGCAUAGGACACAAAAUAUAAGUUUAUGUAUAAACUUAUAUAAAGUCGAUGGGACAUAAAUGGGCUUCAGAAGUGUAUUAAAAGGUUGAAAGAAAAAAUAAAACAAAACAAAUAUCGUAGUCACAUAUAUUGUUAAACAUUAUAAACCCGAUUACGCAAAUGUACAAUUCUUUAAUCUAUAAAUGUGCAACUACAGUAUAUGAAAGAUGCUUGAACAAUUGCUUAUUUUGGUUAAAGGUAAACAUACUUAACUAUAACAAAAUAAA